AUGGCAGCCCAAAUUGACAAGCAAACUAUUGGUAGAUAUCUUGAACAAGUUCCAAAAGCGUCUAAUUUGAUCUCGUGGUCCCGUAACGGAUUCAUUGCAUAUAUUCCUCCAACUAUUACCACAACCACAUCCACAACAAACAAUAACAAUAGUAAUCUAUUAUUAACUUAUAUUAAGAAUUCCGAUGGGAAAAAUUGGCAAUUGGCAUCACCAGAACCUAUAAAUAUCAAACUUGAGAAUAAUUUUUUACCUCAAUUGUCUUUGGUUUCCUGGGGGUCGUUAAACACCGAUUUAGCUGUUUCUGAUAUUUAUGGGAAUUUUUAUAUAUUAUUGGCUGGGGUAGGGUUAUUAGAUCCUAAUCAUAUUCCCUCAACUACCACCAGUGCCACAACUUCAAUUACUAAAACUGAUGGCACUACUGAACAAAAUAAAGAUACAAAACAAAUUGGCAACGGAACUGGGACUAAUGGUCAUGCAGAUUCCCUGAUCAACACACCAAGCUUUGAAUUGACAUCUUAUAAUCAUAUGGAGAUGAUUUAUAGAGAUAUUAUAAAUCCAGAUAUUAAUUCAAUAGUUAAUCCAGGGGCAUCAAUAGUAGCUUUUAAAUGGUUAAAUAUUGAAAAGCCUCAAAUUCUUAAUAAAGCGGCAACUCGACUUGUUGAAAAUCCUACAACCAUUUCAUCAAAUUCUUCUUCUUCGUCUAUUUAUGGCUACGGAAUCAAUCAGUAUCAACCAUAUGGAGUAUGUCAUCCAAUUCCAACAAAGCAAGCGUGUGUGGCACUAAGAAAGAAUGGUCAAUUUAUAUUAUUUUACCAAGGUGAACAUAAAGUGGAAUAUCAUAAAAUAUCUUGUAAUUUAACUGAUAAUAUUUCGAUUAUUGAAAAGGCAAGUAUUGGAUUCAAUAAUUCUAAGCAAAUUAUAGUUACUGCAUGGGAUUCGUUAAGUAAUGAUAUCAAUGUUUAUUCUAUUGAAAUUAAUUGGGGGUUUCUUGUUGAAUCAGCCAAGAGACAAAAAUUAGAUCAGCAUUAUCAUACUCCAAAGGAAGCACAAAAACCACCUCGAUUGACUGUAAAGAAAUUACACCAAAUGAAGCCAAAUCAAUGUUUCAAGGAAGAAUUCGAGGAAUCACAAUCACCACUGGUAGUAUCUGGGACUCAGAAAUUAACAGUUGAAGAGCUUUCUUCAAUUGACAUUAUAUCAAGUAACCCUGAUCCGAAAUCAAAUUUGAGCAUUUUGAUCACCUAUGGGUCGUCUGUCAUUUAUCGAUAUGCAUUAGAAAAAUCCAAUUUGUCUAGUGCUACUAAUGGUGGUGAAACAUCGAAAAAUCCUAUAUCACAAGCAUUCUAUAAUUUAGGUGUAGAGAAGAAAAUCGAUUGGAAAGGUGAUGAAUCGUCGGUCAGAUUAGUGUAUAAAGACAAAUUAACAAGAAGGGGACAUAUUGAAUCGGUCAUUAGUGGGUUUUUAGAUUUAAGCUUUUCAAUUAUUUAUAAAGAUGGUACUGUUGAUGUCAUAGAUACGACUUCUUGGAAAAUUGUUAACAACAAGAACAAUAGCAACAAUGCAACUGGUGAUGAGAUGGUGAUAGACAACAAUGAUUAUCCGCCAAAAUUAAUAUCAAAUAUUUUCGAUCAAGGAUUUGAAUUUCCGACAAUAUCUCAUAGAAACCGAUUAGUGUUGGCGAUUUCUCCAACGAUGUCUUCAGUUGUCUACACUGAAAUUUAUGGUGACACUGUCAAUUUACAAUUGAAACCAAUGGAAAGAAUUGAUCAUUUUGGUACUGAUCCUCAAGAUUUAUAUUAUACCUCGGUGGAAAUUGCCCAUCGUUAUGCAUUUGCGUUGUAUACAAGUACGUGUUCUGAUGAUUUAUUAGUAUUGAUCCAAUCAGAAAUCAGUCGAAUUAAAAAAGUGGUCGACGGAGAUACCACCACUAAACAUAGAAUUGGUAAACAAUUAUGUGAUUUGGUGAUUAUUGAAUGUCACAAGGCAAUUAAUUUCCAUUUAGAUACCAUUACUAAAGAAUCACUUGAUAAAUUACUAUCCAACAAUGCAUCAUUACAAAAAUUAUUAUCAUUACAAUUAAUUCUUGGUGAAUUUCAACAACUGCCGCAUUUGCCCAAUAAUUAUAUUGUUUCAGAUAUUGCUUGGAUAGUAUUGAAUCUUCGAAGUGCCAGUUUGGGAAUCAUGUUUACUUUAUCAAGUAUAUAUCGACAAGUAUCGAAGAAAAAACCUAGUGAAGAUACAUUACAAGAUUCAAUUACUCGAGGGGAAUGUAUCAUGUCGAUAAUUGGUAAUUUCAAAUGGUUAAUUGAUUUAUUGGUGUAUUUGAAUCAAGAAUUAUUACAGUUGAUCUAUGUUAAAAAUAAAUUUUUGAAUAAUGGUAAUGCUACUACUAGUAAACUCACUUUAUCCAAUUCAAUUGUGUUACCGUUGAUUUUAAAUAAAGUAUCGAGACUUUUUUUAAUGUAUGCAAUUUCUGCUAUGGGUAGAACUCAUGAAAUUUUGAAAAAAUUGCAUAAAGAUUUAACUGAUGCUAAUAAAUUAUUUGCACCAAUGAAAGAAUCAUUAAAUCGGUAUUUUUCCAUAUCAAAUAAUUCACCAAUAACUGUCAAUUUAUUUGAAAAUUAUUUACGUGAGUGUGAUGCAUUAUUGAAUAAAGAAGUUCCACAAAAGAUAUUAGCAGCAAAUAAAUCCAUCAAUGGGAAUGUCAAUGGUAAUUCCACCACUACAACCAAUAAACCUUACUCAGCAUUGAAAUUUGAACAAAAAUUAUUGAUAAAAGGAAUAGAUGAAAGUGACAAUAAUGAUGGCACUACUAAAAUCAGUAAUACCAUUAUUGAAGAAUUAUCGAAUAUGAUACUUGAUCGAUAUUCUAUUAGUAUUUCUCGAGAAACAAAAUUAUCUGAAUUGAUGUUUUAUGAUACUGAUUGGUUGAAUAUUGGUAUUAAUAAAAAGGACGUGCCGCCAUACACUGUUGAUGCAUUACGGAAAUUGAUAAUUUCUGACAGUCCUGCAAGUGGUUGUUUACCAAAGGGAGAAAAGUUACGAGUGUGUACUCGAUGCCGAGCAGUUUCACUUGUGGGCGAUGUCACAGGGUUAUGGACUAUGGUAUUUCAACGUACUUGUAUGUGUGGUAAUCCCUGGGUAAAUGUAUAA